AUGGCGGAUGUCGACACGCCCACCCCGGCUCCGGCCGUGCUGCACGGCAUCCUCAUUGAACAGUCUUGGCAAGCCUCUUUGCGCUCCCUAACAAAGGCAUCCAACUGGGCGGCUGAUCUGGCCAAGGGAUUGUUUCUAGAGCUGGAUGCAUCGUACGCCACAGAGGCUGAGGCUCAGAUGGCGGGUAACACUACUCGUGUGGUCGCCCCUGUCAUGGAUCUCGGUCAAUAUCUUCAGCCCGCCGAAGUGGCUCCCUACUUUUUAGCCAAAAGCCACUUUGAUGCACGCGAGUACAAACGCUGCGAAGACUGCCUCAAAAAUACCACUUCCAAUCUGCCCUUCUUCCUGCGUUGCUAUGCUGCAUUUCUUGCCGGUGAACAGACCAAGGAGCAGACCCAGCCUGAUCUCUUUGCAGCCACCCCCACCACCAAUCCAAAUCUCGAGGCCCUCGAACAAAAACUCAUGCAGAGGCAGCAACAGCAGGAGCUGGACAGCUAUCUGUAUUACUUGCUCGGCCUGGUUCAUCGAGAAUCGGGAAAUCGACGCGCAGCCAAAGCUGCCUUUCUCAACGGUGCACAAGCCAACCCUUGGUUCUGGAACAAUUGGGAAGAGUUGGCGCGGAUCUGCGUGGAAAUGGAAGACAUUGAUCGCCAUUUGCAGGCCUUAGAGGGCGCUGAGAUACCUGCCCUUAUCCUCACACACUUCAAAGCCGAAGCAUUUGAAGACACGCAUUAUCACGAAGAGGCCAUCGAGCUCUACCAGGCACUCUUUGAUCAGUUUCCCUCCAGCAUCAACCUCGUUGGCGCCCUAGCAGCCGCCCACUACCACCAACGCAACUUUGACCAGGCCACCGAGUUUUUCGACACCCUUCUUGCCCAUGACCCUUAUCGCCUAGAUGACCUCGAAUUGUAUUCCAACAUGCUUUACGUCCAGGAGCGCACGGCCGAUUUGAGCCACCUAGCGCAGCGCGUUGUCACCAUCGAUCGAUUCCGUCCCGAAACAUGCUGCAUUUUAGGGAACUUUUACAGCAUCAAGCGCCAACACCCAAAGGCCAUUGAAGCUUUUCAACGUGCUCUCAUGCUCAAUCGUCGCUACUUGGGCGCUUGGGUUUUGCUUGGGCACGAAUAUGUCGAGCUGAAGCGAACCACGUCUGCCAUUGCCGCCUACCGCCGGGUCUUGGAAAUCGAUUCACGAGAUUACCGGGCGUGGUAUGGUCUCGGGCAGACCUAUGAGCUUCUGGCCAUGCCCCGCUACGCUGCCUACUACUACGGCUACGCUCAAUCCCUCAGGCCUUCUGAUGGUCGCAUGUGGCGUGCCUUGGCCAUGGUGUACGAGCAACUCCACCUCUACGGCAAUGCGCUCAAGGCCUAUCGCAUGGUACUCAAUCUGGCGGAAGAGCCUGAUGCUGAUGCAUUGUAUGCCAUGGCAAACCUGUGUGCCUUUCGCUUCCCUUCCCGGGCAGAAGAGGCAACGGCACUAUAUGAGCGUCUCUUGGCCGUGGAUGAGCAACAAGGCAGCGUCUCUGCUGAGCGUUUGCUGGAGGCCCGUCGCUGGAUUCAACAACGCGGCAAUGGCCAGCCGCGUCUCGAGCGCUCCUUUGGAGAAGAAGGCAACCAGCCGUUGCAGACCAAUGUUAUGCUCUCGCUUCCGCCAAAUAGGGAUGAAGAAGCUUCGAGUGAGAGUGACAUGAGCAUGGAGGACUAG